CGCAAAGGCAAGCAGGUCAAGAGGAGGAGAAACCACGUGUGACAGUCAGGCAGCCUGAGAACUGGAGCUCUGUCCUUCGCAAGUUAGCUUGUUUUUGUAAUAUCUUUGCAUGCAACCGGACAGCCGUUCCGUCAAGCGGAGAAGGCAGGCCAAUUAGCAGACUCACUAAACAGCCCACACAACGGACGUCUGCUGCUAACUCUCUCUCAACCCGAGGAACCAUGGUGAGCAAGACGGAUGACAUCCCAGCAUCAGUGCCGAACUGCAGCCCGGCUGAUUUUGCCCGGGACGGAGAGACAGCCAACAGCAAAGGCACCACCAGUAAGAAGGAGGCGUCGUGUGCCUGCGGGCACGGUGUUGAGACAGCAGUGAUGAACGGGGAUGCGGGUCAUGAUCAGGCGGAGGAGGCCGACUCAAAGCAGGACGGCAGUGGCGACGCAGACCAAGCAGAAGAUGCUAACGAACAAGAAGUAAUCGUAAUUCAAGACACUGGCUUCACUGUGAAGAUCCAAGCACCAGGAACCGAACCCUUUGACCUUCAGGUGUCUCCACAAGAGAUGGUACAGGAGAUUCAUCAAGUUCUGAUGGACCGAGAGGACACCUGCCAUCGCACCUGCUUCUCCUUACAGCUCGACGGAAAUGUUCUCGACAACUUUGCCGAGCUGAAAUCCAUCGAGGGCCUUCAGGAAGGCUCGCUUCUUAAAGUGGUCGAAGAGCCCUACACAGUGCGUGAAGCUCGCAUUCAUGUCCGUCACAUCAGGGACCUGCUGAAGAGCCUGGAUCCAUCAGAUGCUUAUAAUGGAGUAGACUGCAACUCCCUCUCCUUCCUCAGCGUCUUCUCAGAAGGAGAUCUUGGAGAUACUGGCAAGCGCAAAAAGAAGGGCAGUGAACUUGAGCAGAUUGAUUGCACACCUCCCGAACACAUUCUGCCAGGCAGCAAAGAGCGUCCUUUAGUUCCCCUUCAGCCACAAAACAAAGACUGGAAGCCUAUGCAGUGCCUGAAGGUUUUGACCAUGAGUAGCUGGAACCCUCCGCCCGGCAACAGAAAAAUGCACGGUGACCUCAUGUAUCUGUACAUCGUGACUGUUGAGGACAGACACGUCAGCAUCACUGCCUCCACACGCGGAUUCUACCUCAAUCAGUCCACUACUUAUAACUUCAGCCCCAAGCCAGCCAAUCCCAGCUUCCUCAGUCACUCUUUAGUGGAACUACUAAGCCAGAUCAGCGCUGCCUUUAAGAAGAACUUCACCACUCUGCAGAAGAAGAGGGUUCAGAGGCAUCCAUUUGAGAGAAUAGCCACUCCCUUUCAAGUGUACAGCUGGACUGCACCACUGAUUGAUCAUGCUAUGGACUGUGUGAGAGCGGAGGACGCCUACACCUCCCGACUGGGUUAUGAGGAGCACAUACCUGGCCAAACUAGAGACUGGAACGAGGAGCUUCAGACAACCAGAGAACUUACUCGAAAGAACCUUCCAGAGCGCCUGCUUAGAGAGCGAGCCAUAUUCAAGGUUCAUAGUGACUUUGCCGCUGCGGCGACCCGUGGUGCGAUGGCGGUCAUUGAUGGCAACGUCAUGGCCAUCAACCCUGGUGAGGAAACGCGCAUGCAGAUGUUCAUCUGGAACAACAUCUUCUUCAGCUUAGGUUUUGACGUGCGCGACCACUACAGGGAGCUCGGCGGAGACUCUGCUGCCCAUGCCGCCCCUACCAAUGACCUGAACGGGGUGCGAGCAUACAGCGCUGUAGAUGUGGAAGGACUCUACACUUUGGGAACAGUGGUGGUUGACUACAGAGGAUACCGUGUAACUGCGCAGUCCAUCAUUCCAGGCAUUUUGGAGCGAGAGCAGGAGCAGAGCGUCAUCUAUGGCUCCAUUGAUUUUGGCAAGACUGUAGUGUCGCAUCCAAAAUAUCUGGAGCUGCUGGAGAAGACCAGUCGCCCGCUGAAGGUGCAGCGCCAUGCGGUGCUCAAUGAGAAGGACAGCGCUGUUGAGCUUUGCUCCUCGGUGGAGUGUAAGGGUAUCAUUGGCAAUGAUGGCCGACAUUAUAUCUUGGACCUUUUGCGCACUUUCCCUCCAGACCUGAAUUUCCUGCCAGUGGAGGGGGAGGAGCUCACCCCCGAGAGCCAGAAGCUGGGCUUCCCCAGACAGCAUCGCCAUCGUCUGGCCUGCUUACGUCAGGAGCUCAUAGAGGCCUUUGUUGAGCACAGAUAUCUCCUUUUCAUGAAGAUGGCAGCACUCCAACUAAUGCAGCAGAAAGCAAACAAAGACAAGACUGCAGCUCUGCAGGACUCAAAUGCUGCAGGUGCUGGAUCUGAAAACAAACCUCUGGCUCUAGAAUCCUGUGAUGGCACACCAGACUCUCCGACUUCAUCUGAAUCCACGCUGACCCCUGAAGACUCGGAGGCCACCACUGUCUCAGAGAACUCUUCUGCUGAAAACCAGGAAGCCAUGACCGAGGUUCCUGUAGCAAGCAUCAAUGGUACCCAUGAGCCUUUGGCUGCAGAGCGGCAGAACGGAGGCUGUGAUGGGCCUCUGGAGGACCCCAAAAGUCGUGAGGUGGUGCUUAAUGCCUGUAAAGCUGUGGGCUCCAUCAGCAACACCUCCUUCGACAUUCGCUUCAACCCAGACAUCUUUUCUCCAGGAGUACGUUUCCCGGAUGACAGCAAUGAAGACAUUCAGAAACAGAAGCAGCUUCUCAAAGAUGCUGCCGCCUUUCUUGUGUCCUGCCAGAUCCCUUCUCUCGUGAAAGACUGUUUAGAUCACAGCUCUCUGCCUAUGGAUGGAGCGACGAUGACAGAAGCCCUUCAUCAGCGUGGCAUUAAUGUGCGUUAUCUUGGUACUGUGCUGGAGUUUAUGGAUAACAUGCCUGCAAAAGCACAACUUGAACACAUCUACAGAAUAGGAAUCAGUGAACUGAUCACCAGAUGUGCAAAGCAUAUCUUCAAAACAUAUCUUCAGGGUGUGGAUCUCUCUGCUUUAUCCGCUGCGGUGAGCCACUUCCUCAACUGCCUCUUGAGCUCUUUCCCAGAUGCAGUGGCUCACCUUCCUGCAGAUGAGCUGGUGUCCCGCAAAAAGAGCCGCAAGAGACGCAACCGUGUCCCCGGUGGAGGAGACAACACGGCCUGGGCCAGCCUGACACCCAGCGAACUGUGGAAGAACAUCACCUCUGAGGCACACGGCUACUAUAACUUCAGUCUUCAAUGUGAAAGCGUGGACCAGGCAGUGGAGAAGUACGGUUUGCAGAAGAUCACCCUGCUGAGGGAGAUCUCAAUCAAGACUGGCAUUCAGAUCUUGAUAAAGGAGUACAACUUCGACAGCCGCCACAAGCCAGCCUUCACAGAGGAGGACAUCCUGAACAUUUUCCCUGUUGUGAAGCACGUCAACCCCAAAGCCUCAGAUGCCUUCCAUUUCUUCCAGAGCGGACAGGCCAAGGUUCAGCAAGGCUUUCUAAAAGAGGGUUGUGAGCUCAUCAACGAGGCCUUGAACCUCUUCAACAAUGUGUAUGGAGCCAUGCAUGUGGAGAUCUGUGCCUGCCUGCGUCUUCUGGCUCGACUCAACUACAUCAUGGGCGAUCACCCAGAGGCUCUGAGCAACCAGCAGAAGGCUGUGCUGAUGAGUGAGAGAGUGCUGGGUAUUGAACAUCCCAAUACUAUUCAAGAAUAUAUGCACUUAGCACUGUACUGCUUUGCUAACGGUCAGCUGUCCACUGCCCUGAAGCUGCUGUAUCGUGCUCGCUACCUCAUGCUCGUGGUCUGUGGAGAGGACCAUCCUGAAAUGGCUCUGCUCGAUAGCAAUAUUGGUCUGGUGCUUCAUGGUGUGAUGGAGUAUGACCUGUCUCUGCGUUUCCUGGAGAACGCGCUGGCCAUCAACACAAAAUACCACGGGCCGCGAUCCUUGAAAGUAGCCCUCAGUCAUCACCUGGUGGCCAGAGUUUAUGAGAGCAAGGCUGAGUUUCGCUCUGCACUUCAGCAUGAGAAGGAGGGAUAUACUAUAUACAAGAACCAGGUUGGCGAAGCACAUGAGAAGACGAAGGAGAGCUCAGAGUACUUGAAGUACCUCACGCAGCAGGCCGUGGCUCUACAGAGAACCAUGAACGAGAUCUACAAAAACGGCUCCAAUGCUAGCAUAAUGCCUCUCAAGUUUACGGCACCAAGCAUGGCCAGUGUUCUGGAGCAGCUUAAUAUCAUCAAUGGCAUCAUCUUUAUUCCCCUUAGUCAAAAGGACCUGGAGAACCUGAAGGCUGAGGUACAGAGACGGCAGCUGAUGCAGGAUUCUGGGAAAAUCCAGGAACAGCAGGGCAGUCAUUUAGAGCUCGAUGACAAGCUGCCUGUGGAUGAUUAACAAAACCCCAAACCAACAGACCUUCUCCAGAUGAGGAGGACACCAUACAGCAGCCAUCUGUUUCAACCUGUGGACCCGGCCACUGAGCUGUCUAAUCUAACCAAUUCAAUUUGAGCAUAACAGGGAGAGGGGGGAGGACCAGCAGCAGCCGACUAAAUAAAAGUGUACAGAGAGUAGUUUAUAGCUGUAAAGAAAAACGAAAGCAGAUGUUUGUUUGUUUUUUCCCCUACACGUGCAAUCCACUAACAAACCUCUCCCAGAGGAAGAAAAAAGAAAGUAAACCAAGCACUUCCUCUGAGAGUUUGCACCGAAGAGGAUGGAGACGACCAAGGAUGACCAUGACAUUUUAUACCAGAGCCUUAUCCAUCCAUCAAUCAUCUCCAUCUCUAACCUUCUCAUCUGAGCCCAGGAUAAACCCCAAUCCGUCCCAAACCGACCCACGAGUGUAGAAAGAUCCGAAAAAAAACAAAACACGCACCUCCUUAUCUGAAAACUCAGGUGAUUUCUACACUGCGCACCAGAUGAAAGACGUUCACCGUUCAGUUCAGCAACAGAGAGAAGGGAGAUGGACAUAUAUGAGUUAUGGGCUUAAGAAUGUAUAUUGUUAAUGGUCUAGUCUAAAAAGCGAAUGCUAGCAUUGUUAUUUCUAUGCUCUGCCUUUAGACCGGAUCGAUGGGACUUUACAGAUGCGUGUUCUCAAACCAAUCAUUUUAGAUCGGUGGCGUCUGUAAAAACGAAGAAUCUUUUUUGUAAAAGUCCACUAGAAGCCAUUAGUACUUUCAUGCGAACGUUGAUUUGAGCCAUGUAUGUUUUAUAGAAAUGCAUCGGGGGUUAGACGGAUAAUUGAUUCAUUUUGAUCGAAUACUGAUUUGAAAUGUCCAGCUUGAAUUAGUGACUGUUGUGUUGAAUCUUAUUUUCCACUUUAAAAGUGUGUGCGUGUGUUUCUGUAUGUGUGUUUGUCUGUCUCAUGCUAGCGCAGAAACGAAUUCAGAGGAUUCCUCCAAAGCUGCUGCAACAGAGUAAUAUUGUGAUGAUAUUUUUAUACGUACAUCGUUAAUGGACUCGAUGGUGAAAAAUGUGCUACAGAUAUCAAAGGUUCUCGAGAUCGAAAUCCAUAUACAAGUAAUUUAGCACAACAUUCAGGAACUUGAGAUUCCUCCCUAGCAGUAUUUAUUGCACUUUUCCAGUGCGUGGUUUCAUAUUGAACCACGAAGUGAGAAAAAAGAUGGGCUGCUUUGAUGUAACAUACCAAAAAAAAGAGAAAUGAUGAUUAAGGGUGUGUUUGCUUGUAUACAUGCUUUGUGUGUGUGUCCUGCAAAUGUCAAAAUGUUGCUGUGCUCAAACUGUGUAUGAAGCAAUAUGCUGGAACUAAGUGCACCUUGGAUUAUGCACAUGGAUGCAAGAAAACUGCUAGCCUGGUUGUAUUUCCCUAUAAACGACAAAGUAAACUUGUUUAAAAACUAUA